GAAUAUUUGAAUGUGAGCCUAUGUGGCCUCACUCCCCCACUGGACCCCAAUCAUUUUCUUUCUUCCCCAGACGUAUAUAUACCUGAGCAGAGUUCCUAUGCUUAGAAAAUGACAAGCCAAAAAUAAACUGAAAGACCCAUUUUUGAUACCAGAAUCCAAAUAGGUAACAAUGACUCCUCAACCUCCUGCUAAAAUCAUACUUAUUGGUAUUUCUCUGAAUCCAGAAGAUAGCAAGCAGCUUUUGUCAUGGGCAAUCGAGACUCUAGCUCAUCCGAACGACACCGUGGUGGCCUUGCACGUUCUUGGGGAGCAGAGGAAGAAGAACAAGCCAAUGGCAAAUAGUCGAACGCAUUGUUGGAGAGCGAAAGCGUUUGUUAUAUCAGUGAUGGGUGAAUUUGCAACAAUGUGCCGGUCUAAACAGGUGAAUUUGGAGGCAAGAGUUGGAUUUAGCUCCAGUGCUGGGAUAGGUCUAGUUGAGGAGGCAAAAGGCUUAUCGGCAGAAUUCCUUCUUAUCGGCCGACCGAGAAACAAAUCAAAUAGGAAUGCACGCGGAAUAACGAACUACUGUUUUGAGCAUGCCCCAGUAGGCUGCUCUGUGGUCUCAGUAGGGAAAUCUGUGCUCCCACAACCAAAUUCAGAUUCACAAUCUGCGCGAUUCGAAGAAACUGAUAAAAAUGACCAAAUGGACGAGGCUAUGCAUGAACUCUCAGAAACCAAGAGAGAAAGGCCUUCACCAAGAAGGGUUUUGGACAUUAUUGAAGGAGAUUCUAACAGUACAGAGGAAGAUAGCUCUAGUUUCGGGGACUCGAGCAUAACUACAGAGUCCCCUCCCCUGGCUCCCAGAUCGAACUACAGAAAUCUGAAAUCACCGUUCCAGCGAAUCUCCUCUUUCCUUCGCUCACCGUUCGAUUCAAACGUAAGAAGAAAGAGUAAUGAAGUUAUUCCUAGGAAAGAACAGCAGAAACCCCUAUUGAGGUGCUUUAGCUAUGAGGAGAUUGCAAUUGCCACAAACCAUUUCCACCCAGAUAAUGUGGUGGGCAGGGGAGGAUACUCGGAAGUCUACAGAGGUGAUCUUGACGAUGGGCGCACCAUCGCAGUGAAGACGUUAACCAAAGACAACACGAAUCAAAACAAGGAAAAAGAGUUCCUCGUGGAACUAGGCAUCAUUGGGCAUGUAAACCAUCCCAAUACCGCGGUCUUGGCCGGCUGUUGCAUCGAAAAUGGACUCCAUUUAAUCUUCGACUUCUCUCCGAACGGAACGUUAGCUUGUGCAUUGCAUGGAAAAUCGGAUAAGCCUCUUGAUUGGCCAGUUAGAUAUAAAAUUGCACAGGGGACUGCUAGGGGUUUACAGUAUCUUCACAAGUGUUGCAAACACAGAAUCAUACACCGUGACAUUAAGGCCUCCAAUGUACUUCUUGACCGAGAUUAUGAACCUCAGAUUUCGGAUUUUGGACUGGCGAAAUGGCUGCCCAGUAAAAUGACUCACCACACGGUGAUUCCAAUUGAGGGGACUUUUGGGUACUUGGCACCAGAGUACUUCAUGCACGGAAUUGUGGACGAAAAAACUGAUGUUUAUGCAUUUGGAAUUCUCCUUUUGGAGAUCAUUACUGGCCGGAGGCCGGUCGAUUCGUCGAGGCAAAACCUUCUAUUAUGGGCAAAGCCACUCAUGGAAAGUGGGAAUAUCAUUGAGUUAGUUGAUCCUAAAUUGGAAGGCAAAUAUGACAUUGACGAACUGCUUAGACUGGUGCUGACUGCUUGCUACUGCGUUCGACAAUCAUCUAUUUGGCGCCCAUCAAUGAGUGAGGUACUAGAAUUACUCACAAUCGGUAAUGAUUCUGAGGUUGCAAGAAGUUGGAGGAUGCCGAAAUUCACUUCCGACGAGAUGGAUGAUUACUCUAUGAUUUUCGGAUACGAUCUUCCAUCGGAUAUCAGUUUGGAGGACAUAUAGGAUAUCAAAAGCCGAUUUUGCUAUAUUUUUUUUUAUUGUUACAAGAUUCUCGAGAUAGAGUAUAUAGAGUAAGCAACAUGCUUUUCUUGAGUUUGACUAGAUAUCUAGUCUAAUUUUCCAUGUGCGAGUUAGUAGGUCUCAUAUAAUGAGCCCAUCUUGUGAGCCAUCAUAGAUAACUAGAUAGUCGAUUGGAGAGGUUAGCUCAUUGAUACAGAUAAGAGAACUUCCUCGAUUGUUGUUUGAGAUUUUUAUUUUGUAUUUUAGGCCUAAUUAAUGGUUCCUAUAUAAA